AAUACACUCCCCCUACACCCCAUUCGAACCCCCAAAGAGAUAAGAGAGCAAAGGGAGUCCACACAACUCAAGAGAGAAGGAAGGAAGAGGGCUGUCCGCAGGUAGUUUUUCCAGUGCGUAAGGUUACUUGUUUGCUUCAUAUCUCGAGUUAUACACAUCCAAAUAAGGCGUGCGAGAUACCAGCAGAAAGCUCUCAAGACGAGGAAUCCGUGAAGGUCUGGUUUGCAUCAAUCGGAGUAGUGGAAGGCUUCCAAAUCGUCCGAUCAAAACACAACCUCGCGGAAUACGUUUUUGUAUUCAAAGUUAGGGAACGAAUUCGUCGGGAAACACCCGUUCUAGGGACUGUUUUUGUGUCUUCGGUUAGGAGUUGAACUAGCACUUUGAGGGGUCUGUUUAACACUCAAUUCCAAGCAAGGAAUCAGUUCUCAAACCUUCUUGGCCGAGGCUUUGGUCGUUGGAUCGAGAAGGAAGGUUUUAAAGCUCAUUUGAGGUUGAGGCUAGAGCUUGCUUCCUGUGCUCGUUGCCCGAGUGAUUUCCCCGGAGAGAAGACUUGAAAUGGACCGUGGUGGCAGGAUUACUAGGAGAAACCCGACGGGCCGUGUACCAGUGGAGACUGGACAGGGCAGUCGAAGGACCUCUAGGGCAUCUAGAGGAGCUGGCCGUGGAGGCCGAUCGCAGACCGUGAGUGACGGUCAUGUCGACACAGAGAGUGAAACCUACUGGUCCUAUGAGGACUCGACUUACCAACCGGAAACCGAGCCGGUCGAGACCCCUUAUGAAGGGGAUGAUGACGAUAUAAGUGAUGAGGAGGAAAAUGGCUCCUUGGCACGGAUUGAGGCGCUACUCCAACAGUAUCACCGUGAGCGUGAAGAGAGGAGGCAACGCCGAAGACGCCGAGCGGGGCAACCUUCGGGCAUGGCUUCAAGAGGAGGAAGUCAUGGUGCAUCUAGAGUCCAUGUGGAACCACAUGGAGGCCAAAAUGAUGGAGGUCCAACCAUAAGGAUCUCCAAAUUUAUCAAAGAAGCAAGGGACUUGGGGUGCAAACCCUUUGAUGGGGCAGGGGACAUUUCAGUUGCAGCACAAUGGAUCAAGAGGCUAAAUGAAGCAGCCCUUGACAUGCAAAUCGCGCCGAAUCUCAAACUGAGAAUUGCGGUAAGAUUGCUCGAGGGGAUGGCAUCCAAGUGGUGGGAUGGAACCAAGAGCAAGUACGGUGAGACCGUCGUUUGGGAGGACUUCCAACGGGAGUUCUUGUAAGGAAUAAAUGUAAUUAGAUUUUGAUGAUGCUAUAGGAUUAGAAUUUUAAAGUACCCCCAAAUUAGAUUUUAUGUAUUAGAAUUUUCAAUUGUAAGUAUUAGUAUAGUCGACGAUCAGAGUUGCUCUAUUUUGGAUCAGAUCAGAAGUGCAUCAGAACUGCUCGACCAGACUUGCUCUAUGAGAACUGCUCCAUCAGAGUUCUCUUAGCAGAAGUCCAUCAGAGUUGCAUCAUGAGAGUUGCUGAUAAACUUGGACAUCUGAUAACCGAUGAGGACUACAGAUCAAAGGUACUCAUCAGCGGACAUAUCAGAGUCAGAGUUAGAGCUCUAUCCGAGAUCAGAAAGCCAUCAGAAUCCAACACAUCAGAAGAGCCUGAUCAGAGCCCAACUAACACUUAGAAGAUUUCAAGCAACAUCCAACAGCUAUGAGUUCAACGGGUAAAAACAUCCAACGGCUAGAAGACUGUGCAUGAAAGGAAAGCAUUUAAUGCACAUUAAAUGAGCCUGAUACGCUGAAGGAUUGAUUGCAAAUGAUUGACCAAAGAAUCCGGGAAGAUAUAUUAUAAAAAUAGAAACCUUCCAAAACGGCGGUCAAGUCAACUGUACGCGCAUUUAAUGCAGUUGUCUCCUCCUCCAACGGGCAGACAACCCCAGUAUAUAAGCUACUCACCAAAGAACAGGGAUACAACUUUGCUACAACUUUUGCUCAUAAAACUUUCAAGCUCUCUUGAGAUUCAAACUCCACAACACAAAAACAAGAAAAAGCUUACGUUGGGAAGAUUCAAUCUCACAAUCUCUCAUCCCCAACAAGAGCAAAGUUCAUCCUGCUCUUCAACUCUUCAAGAACUUCAUCAAACAUCAUUUGUGACGAAGCAAGUUGGAGGAAAAACUUUGUUUUUCAAAGGAUCUUCUGAAAAGAAGGGCGUCCAAGUAACUGCAGUAGUGAAGUGGUGAUACUUCCGGGAAGCUGAGUGAAAGGAUCAGCCAUCAGGACGUGGAAUUGCAUCCUGGGUGGCAUCUAGGCUUGAAGAAGACGAGGAGUGCUUCUUAAGUGCUAGGAAUUAGCUUUGUAACUGAUCUACUUCAAAGCUAGUGGAACAGUGGACUAGAGGAACAAGUUGUUCCUUGAACCACUAUAAAAUAUCCGGUGUCAUUU